CCGGUUUAAUACGGUAGGGUCCCCAUACGCCUGAUUUAUCAGCAAUAUACAAUAAUAGGGCCUCUGGAUUAUUGGGACCCUAAUAUUUGCUCUCCCACCCCCAGGCUGGCCCAGGGAAGCCAUGAAUUUUGAAUUUGAGAGGGAGAUCGGAUUCAUAAACAGCCAGCCUUCGCUAGCAGAGUGCCUGACGUCCUUCCCUGCUGUCCUGGAGACAUUUCAAACUUCAUCAAUCAAGGAGUCGACAUUAAUUCCUCCUCCUUUUGAGCAAACCAUCCCCAGCCUGAAUCCCGGAUCCGGCAGCCAGCCGAGGUCCAGGAGCCAAAAACGGUCUGAUAAUGGCCUGGUCCAACAGCCUCAGCUCCAGACUUGCCACUUGGCCACCGAAUUCCCUUGGAUGAAAGAGAAAAAAUCGGCUAAGAAGAGCAACCAGGGGUCCCCACCCGUCCCAGCUCCCGAAUCUACAGGAGGUUCUCCAGCAGAGCCACCCGGGCUUCAAGAUACUAGCGGGGGCUCAAGGAGGCUGAGGACUGCUUACACCAACACCCAAUUACUUGAGCUGGAGAAAGAGUUUCACUUUAAUAAAUAUCUGUGCAGACCCAGGAGGGUGGAGAUAGCUGCAUUGUUAGAUCUGACAGAAAGACAAGUCAAAGUUUGGUUCCAGAACCGGAGAAUGAAGCACAAAAGACAAACUCAGCAUAAAGACUCACUGGAUGGAGACCAGAGCUUCUCCAACUUGGAUGACGGUGACCCUACCGAUGAUGGAGACGAGAGUCCACCAUACCAGAUAGGAAUGGACAGCAAUGACUCAUUCAGGGAUACUGACCAGCAUCAAUCUGAGAACCCUAAACUGGCCAGCAUAACCACCAGCCAACAGCACACUUCUAGCCAAGAGUCGACCGCAAGGAGCCCCAAGUACCAAACGCCCACCAGUGAGACUGAGCCCAGAAUAGAGGUGGGUAGCAUGGACAAUGUCCUCUCAGAGACACAGGACAACUCCUUAUUGUCAGACUUCACUUUAUUCUCUUCAGACUCCUGCCUACACAUUACAGAUGGUAUCUCAAGCUUGCACGAAUCCCUCAAUAGUCCUGUCCAUUUUUCAGAAGAAGAUAUUGACUUUCUCACUAGCACACUUUGCAGCAAAGAUCUCCAGCAGCUAGAUUUUUAACGAAAGCUGCUUUUUAUUGCACACAGAUCUAAUCACAGGCACAAAAAUAUGUGUAAAUGUAAUUUAUAUUUAUUUAAGGAAUCCGGUAAAUCAGUCGCUGGUUGUUAUCACAGAGUAUAUGUAUCUUAAUCAUGUGAAAUCACGAUUUGAAAAUUCGAUUCGGAAUUAGAAACCAUUUCUGGUUUAGACAAAUGAAUCAUUUUGUAAUUUAUUUUAGUGAAGCCUCAGGAAUUCAAAUGAAUAUUUAGAUUUCAUAGGAAGGAACUUUUUCGUUCUAGAUUAUUUAAAGUCUUUAUUAGGGAUUUGAUAUUUAUUGUACAUUAUUUUCAUAGACUAAAUAAUCGUCUUUAUAACAAUGUGUGUGUUAAUUUUAUCAUGUUAAUAAAAAAAAAAUCAAAGUUAA